AUGUUGCCGUACAACUCCCCAAGUGGUGGCUCUUUCAUCCACCCCAAAGUCUCCGCUCAAACCGGCGACACUGACGGCAAUUCCACUGUCGGAAUCCUGCAAAACGUUAGGGUGGAGAUCUUCAAGGUCCUUGGAAGUACCUCCUGGUUACCAAUACUCACCCAGCUCAACCCUGAUCCCAUAUCUAUUCCCGAGGGGCGGCUCCUCCGCCUAGGCCACAAGUCUCCGUCCGAACCAUUGACAACGACGGCAAUCCCACGGUCGCGACCCUGCGAAAACUUAGGGUGGAGAUCCUCAAAAACCUGAGAAACACCUCUUGAGUAUCAAUAGCCACUCAGGUCAGCCUGACCCCCGCAUUUCUCCUCGAGGGUUGUCCCCUCCGCCUAUCCAGACGUCUCCAAAUGGGCGACAACGACGGCAUUCCCACGGUCGCAAUCCUGU